AUGCUUCCUGAGGCGGUGAAGCAGCGUGUAAUACGUUGGCUGGAACGUAACAGGGAGCUGGUGGUUUUGGUGUUCUGCCUGCCCGCCAGCUUCCUGUUCGCCGCGCUGCUCAAGGCCAGGUCUUCGCUGAGCAGGCUCUGUGCCAGGCACGACCACGACGAGGCGGUUGGGGAAAUCCAACGGAGGGUCCAGGAGUGGAACAAAUUGCCGGCGCGGGAGCGACGCCUCCUCUGCACGUCCCGACCGAACUGGCUCUCGCUGUCCACGAAAUUCUUUCAGAAGCACCUGCACCAUCGGGUGCCGGUGCCGCUGUACGGAAUCCUCGAUCUGGACGAGAGCUCCAUGCUGGUGAGGGUGGAGCCGAUGGUGACGGUCGGGGACAUAACCGACUACCUCAUACCGAAGGGCUACUCCCUGGCCGUGACAAUAGAGUUGGUGGACGCCACUUUGGGGGGGCUAGCUUUGGGCGCGGGAAUGUCGACGCACUCGCACAAGGCCGGCCUGUACCACGAGACCAUCACCAGCUACGAGGUGGUGCUGAGCGACGGCACCUUGGUAACGGCCACGGAGGACAAUGAGCAUGCGGAUCUGUUCAGGGCUCUGCCCUGCUCCCACGGCAGCUUAGGCCUCCUCAUCGCCCUGACCUUGAGGAUCGUCAAGGUCAAGCCGUACGUCAAACUCACGUAUAUACCGGUAUCAGGGCAGAAGGAGUACUGCAACAUGCUGAGGGAGCUAUCCGGGGCGAACGAGGCAACACCUGCCUCACACACAGACUUCUUAGAGGGCACGAUCUUCAGCGAGGAACGGGCCGUCAUCAUGGCCGGCGAUUACUCGGAAUUCGAUCCGAGGAUCCGGCUCAACCACUGCGCCAAGUGGUACAAGCCGUGGUUCUACAAGCACAUCGAGUCUGUGCUGUCGAUUGGGGCGAUAACGGAGCUGAUGCCGUUGAGGGACUACUUGCUGCGCCACAACCGGCCGAUAUUCUGGGUCCUCGAGGACGUGCUAUCGUUCGGCAACGAGCCGUGGUUCAGGGCACUCUUCGGCUGGCUGCUGCCACCGAAGCCCGCCUUCCUCAAGUUCACCACCACGCGGGGCGUCCGCGAGUACACGUUCACUAAACAGGUGUUCCAGGACAUAGUGCUGCCCAUCGCCGAGCUGGAGAGCCAGGUGCGAGUGGCGAGCGGGCUGUUCGACAAGUUCCCGCUGCUGGUCUACCCGUGCAGGAUAAUAGACCGCGGUCGAUCUACCGGCCAGCUGAGGCGGCCGCACCGCAGGUAUCUGGUGCCGGGAACGGACUACGCGAUGUACAACGACCUAGGAAUCUACGGGGUCCCGGGAGCGGUCAAGAAGGGUAGAAGAUACGACCCCGUGGCCAGCAUGAGGGGGAUGGAGCGGUACGCGAGCCAAGUGGGCGGCUUCUCGUUCCUGUACGCGGACAUAUUCAUGACCAGGGAGGAGUUCGGCCAGAUGUUCGACCUGGACCUGUACGAGGAGGUGAGGAGGAGGUACAAGGCCGAGGGGGCUUUCCCGCAUUUGUACGACAAGGUCAAGCCGGAGAUAGACGUGUUCGCUAUAGGAGAUGAGUGCGGCACAAGAUUGACG